AUGGAACACGUAUCUGAACUCGGAUCGGCCCAACCCACCGCGCUGGUCACGGCAGAGGAAAAGAACCUGGCCGCCCGGCUCGACGGGGACCACAAGCACACAGCGCAGCUCGCCGCCAAGGCCGACGACGAUGCGCACAAGCUCACGAUCCGACAGGCACUGCGCAGGCACAGCACGGCGGCGGCGUGGUCGGCGCUACUCUCGACGGCACUCAUCAUGGAGGGCUUUGAUCUUAUCGUUAUAAGUUCGUUUUUCGGACAGUCGCAGUUCCUGCAGCGCUACGGGAAGCCCGACGGCAAGGGGGGCUACGCGCUGUCGUCGGCGUGGCAGACGGGGUUGACCAACUCUGCCGUCUGCGGCGAGAUCAUCGGGCUCGCCAUCAACAGCUGGGCCUCGGACCGAUUCGGCUACCGGCGCACCUACAUGGCGGCCAUGGCCAUGAUGGCGGCGUGCAUCUUUGCCACGUUCUUCUCGCCGAGCCUGCCCAUCCUGUCGCUGGGCGAGGUGCUGUGCGGGAUCCCGUGGGGCAUCUUUCAGACGCUGACGACGGCGUACGCGUCCGAGAUCUGCCCGAUGGCGCUGCGGCCCUUCCUCACGACGUACGUCAACAUGUGCUGGGGCGUCGGCAUCCUCCUCUCGUCGGGCGUGACGCGCGCCACGCUCGACAUCCACGGCAAGUUGGCCUACAAGCUGCCCUUCGCGCUCCAGUGGAUCUGGCCGGUGCCCCUCUUUGUUGGCGCGUUUCUGGCGCCCGAGUCGCCCUGGUGGCUGGUGCGCAAAGCGCGCUACGACGAGGCCAAGCACUCGAUCCGGCGCCUGACCAACGCCGACCAGCGGUCCGAGGCGAGGAUCAACGAGGAGCUCGCCCUCAUCCGUUACACGACUGCACUCGAGGAGGCCGAGACGGCCGGCGCCACGCUCCUCGACUGCUUCCGCGGCACCAACCGGCGCCGCACCGAGGUGGCCUGCGUCGUUUUUGCGAUCCAGUACCUGUCCGGUUCGCCCCUCAUCUCGUUUGCGGUCCUGUUCCUGCAAAAGGCCGGGCUGAGCGAGACCAACUCGUUCAACUUCAACCUGGGCAUGAACUCGAUGUACGUCGUCGGCACCAUCGUCUCGUGGUUCCUCAUGUCGCGCUUCGGCCGCCGGUCGCUCUACCUCUUUGGCGUCGUCAUCAUGGGCUUGACGUGCCUCGUCAUCGGCGGCCUCGGCGUGAGCAGCUCCAAGUCAGCCUCGCUGGCCAUCGGCGCCAUGAUGGUAGUCCUGAACCUUUCUUACAACGUGAGCAUCGGACCCGUCUGCUACGCGCUGGUGGCCGAGCUGUCGUCGAGCCGGCUGCGCGCCAAGACGGUGGUGCUGGCGCGCACGUCGUACAACCUGACGGGCCUGGUCACCAACACGAUCCAGCCGCGCAUGAUCGCCGCCGACCAGUGGAACUGGGGCGCCAAGUCGGGCUUCUUCUGGCUGGGCAGCUGCACCGUCAUGUUUGUCUACUGCUACCUGCGCCUGCCCGAGACGCGCCACCGCAACACGGGCGAGCUCGACGUCCUGUUCGAGAACCGCGUCUCGGCGCGCAAGUUUGCCUCGACCGCCGUCGACCAGUUCCACGUCGCGCCUGUUGCUGCUGCCGGAUCCUCCCCGUCCGCGGUCGCCAGAGCGUCGGAGAGCGCGAGCGCGUCGGACGACGACAAGCUCGAGGCGGCCGGCUCGGAAAAGUAG